CUCUCAUUCAGCAGGAACCUAACAGAUAAGUCAUCCCGCUGUAUGUCAAGACAAUGCUUGGUUUUAAGACUGCUCUGAAAAUGAUUAAAGUAGUAUUGCAGCGUGACAUUGUCAGGGGGCAACGAGCAGCUUGAGAAUUUCCUAUUAAUCAAGUAGCAGCUUGAAGGAAGCUCCUUUCCAUUAAGUGGGACUGCAUGGCCAGCAGCCCCCACUGAAGGGUUGAAAAUGAGUGUCCCAGGGGCUGCAAAGAAAUCAUGUUACGCUCAGUUGCGGGACAACAGAAAUGGAGUGAAAAAUAAUAAUGAGAGUAUCCUAAGUCUGGGAGAUACAAAUGCCAAUCAAAUCAUGUUGGAGGUCAGUUCCUCUCAUGAUGAGUCUGAGACACGUGACCGGACAGAUGAAAUUGGAAAUGCAAAUUCAAGCGAGCCAGAGAAUAGUACCCAUUUCAAUAAGGAAUCUCACCAACUUCAGGGCUUUGGGAAAGGAUCGCAGUCUGGCCCCACCAGCCUGAAAGAUUUUAAAUUUUCUUCGACCGUCCAUGGAGGACUAAAUGAAGAGCACACGGUGGAGAGAGGCACAGAUAUCCUACAGACCCCUCGCAGUGUUCAGGGACCAAGUCUGUCAAGUUGGAGGAACGUUAUGGCGGAGGCCAGUCCAGAGGUUUUGGCUAAAAGGGAUGCUGAACUUCCCCGGCAUGCUCCUAAGGAUAAGUUGGCAAAGACCCUUGACAAUGAGGAAUUGAGAAGGCAUUCUUUGGAAAGAGCAAGUGGCUCUGCUGUUGUCGUGGACAUGCCCACAAGGGAACGUGGCGGGAGCCUGACCUGGCAGCGUCUGCAGCCCACGCCACUCGACUCCCCUGAAGCCCCGCGUCAUGAGCCCAGUGGCAGGGAGGGGCCGCAGAGGCUGUUGACCGCCCCCUCUCCAGGGGCAGCUCUUCCUCUAGCUGACAGUACCUCAGAGGGAAAGAGUGUGCGUCAUCCUAAACCAUCUACCUCAGCAACCAAGGAGACCACCCCCUCAGAGACCCAGAUGGAGGGGGGACAUGGACCGAAAGUCAGCAGUGAGAGCACAUCACCUUCGGCCCUUCCAGAGCCUGGUCUGGAUUCAGCUUCAGCACUGAAGGGAGUCCUGAGUAAGCCAGAAGCACAGUUAGGUCAGGGAAAGGGAGAGCUCAAGCCAGAGCUGAAAUUUGUCCCACCCCAGGCUGGGCAGGAGUUAAAGUCAAUCCAGGCCGAGGGUCUGGGAUGCCCCAAGGAAGGUAGUGUGUUACUCCUCGAGAGAAAGGAGCCAGGUGGGAAAGCACAGCAGGAGGCCGCCACUGGUGCCCUUAGCCUGUCACACAGCAGUGGCCACCACACUCGUGGGGGAAGAGGCAGGAGUGAGCAGGACAAGAGAGCAGUCCACCUAGGUGAGGAGGGUUCUCUUCAGACCAGCCCCACACAAGGCCCUGCUUCCUUGGAAGCUGCCGAGAAGCAGCCCACUGGCAAAAUUUCAUCAAGUGCAGCUAGGAAGUUGGGCGUUUCAGCGGGUGAUGGGCAUGUACCUUUUAUUCCUUAUGACCCACCAGACAGCAGGCCCUCAGAUGUCAGUGAGGAGAGCGCACUGGACAGUGGGAACAUGGACAGUGUGGCAGUUUGUACUUUAGAUCCUUCUGUUGGAGAGCUCAACACUGGGGUCCCUGAGCCCCUCGGCCCUCAGAGCAGCAACUCAGAAGUAGGGGACAGCAAAGAGAUCACUACAUCUGUCGCAGAAGAUAGGAACCUCCUAGAAAAUACUGCUAAGACUGAAAGCACCCCAGGGGGAGCAGGUGCUCUUCUCAGUGGCCUGGCACCCCUCCAUCCAGAGACAACUGUGAAUGUGACCCACCAGCCUCCACCACCUAGUAGCAGUGUUCAGGACCUUGGCGCGUUAGGUGUGGAUGCCAGGUCAGCCUCGGCUGCCGCACCCCCCACUGAUAGUGCGCGGUUGUUGAACACACCCCCGAAAGUGCCUGACAAGAGCACCUGCCCCAGUGGGAUCCCCGAGCCUGUAUUCCCACAUUCUGAGGAUACCCCUUCCUCACAGGAGGGAAUGGAGAGCCACCAGGUUGAAAAAACAGAAGAAAGGACAGAACCCAAGCCCAUCAUUCUGCCCAAGCCCAAGCACGUGAGGCCCAAGAUCAUCACCUACAUCAGGAGGAGUCCUCAGGCCCUCGGCCAGGUGGACACUUCGCUGGUUCCGGUGGGCCUUCCUUAUGUUCCGCCCACAUGUACCAUGUCUCUUCCCAAAGAGGAGAAGGCAGCAGGUGGUGAGCUGAAGCCAUCUGCCAACCUCUAUGAGAAAUACAAGCCAGACUUGCAAAAGCCACGGGUCUUCAGUUCUGGGUUGAUGGUGUCUGGGAUCAAGCCCCCAGGACACCAUUUCAGUCAAAUGAGUGAAAAGUUUUUGCAGGAGGUUACAGAACGCCCGGGAAAAGAAGAAUUUUGUUCUCCUUCCUAUACUCAUUAUGAAGUUCCUCCAACUUUCUAUCGAUCGGCCAUGCUCCUUAAGCCCCAGUUGGGAUUGGGUGCAAUGUCCCGUUUACCAUCUGCAAAGAGCAGGAUCCUGAUUGCGAGUCAGAGGUCCUCGGCGAGUGCCAUCCACCCGUCAGGACCCAUCACGGCAGCUACCAGUCUCUACAGCUCUGAUUCUGCGGCAGAUUUAAAGAAAGCCUCCGGUUCAAAUGCUGCAAAGUCCAAUCUACCCAAAUCUGGACUUCGUCCUCCCGGAUACUCUCGUCUGCCGGCAGCCAAGCUAGCCGCGUUUGGGUUUGUGCGGAGUUCCAGCGUGUCCUCGGUCUCCAGCACCCAGUCCGCGGACAGCGCACAGCCCGAGCAGGGCCGGCUGGCCAACCGGUCAACCUUUGGGAGUGAAGACCAGCCGGCUCUGAAGGCAGCUCUGCCUUCCAAAGACACACCCAAGGGGGCCAGCCGGGCAGCUCCUCCAGCAUCCUCCACUGUGACAACACCCCGCAGGAGUUUGCUUCCGGCGCCCAAAUCCACAGCUACACCUGCUGGAUCAAAGAAAGAAGUACAGAAAGAUCAAGAUGCUAAUAAACCUGCUGUUUCAUCUCCUAAGAGAACCGUGGCUUCAGCCACCAAGCUUCAUUCACCAGGAUACCCCAAACAGAGGACUGCAGUGCCCCGAAAUGGGUUUUCCCCCAAGCCGGAGCUGCAGGGCCGCGAGGCCGAGCGGCAGCUGGUACAGCGGCUGAAGGAGAGGUGCCAGCAGCAGGCCAGGCAGCUGGGCCUCGUGCAGGGGGAGCUGCGGAGGGCCCUGUGCGGCUUCCAGGCACUCGCCGUGUCCACUCAGUACUUCUCCAGAAAGAAUGAAAGUGCCCUUGUGAAAGAAAAAGAGCUGUCAAUCGAACUUGCAAACAUCAGGGAUGAAGUUGCCUUCAACACAGCCAAGUGUGAGAAACUGCAAAAGGAGAAGGAGGACCUGGAGAGGCGGUUUGAGGAGGAGGUGCGGAGGCUGGGCUGGCAGCAGCGGGCGGAGCUGCAGGACCUGGAGGAGAGGCUGCAGCGGCAGUUUGAGGCCGAGAUGGUGCGCCUGCAGGAGGAGCACCACGCCCAGCUGCUGCGGAUCCGGUGUCAGCACCGGGAGCAGGUAGAAGAUCUCACGGCCAGCCAUGAGGCUGCUCUCCUAGAGAUGGAAAAUAACCACACGGUAGCCAUCGCGAUCCUGCAGGAUGACCAUCACCACAAAGUCCAAGAACUGAUGUCUACCCAUGAGCUUGAAAAGAAAGAAUUGGAAGAAAAUUUUGAAAAGCUGCGGCUGUCAUUACAGGACCAGGUGGACACGCUGACCUUCCAGAGCCAGUGUCUGCGGGACCGAGCCAGACGCUUUGAGGAGGCUCUGCGGAAGAACACCGAAGAGCAGCUGGAGAUUGCAUUGGCCCCCUAUCAGCACUUGGAAGAAGACAUGAAGAGUCUGAAGCAGGUGUUAGAGAUGAAGAAUCAGCAAAUACACCAGCAGGAAAAGAAGAUUAUUGAGCUGGAAAAACUGGCAGAAAAGAACAUUGUCCUAGAAGAAAAGAUCCAAGUUCUCCAGCAGCAGAAUGAAGACCUCAAAGCAAGGAUUGACCAGAACACCGUUGUCACAAGACAACUGUCGGAGGAAAAUGCUAAUCUGCAGGAAUAUGUCGAGAAAGAAACCCAGGAGAAGAAGAGAUUGAGCCGAACCAACGAAGAGCUGCUUUGGAAGCUCCAAACUGGGGACCCAACCAGCCCGGUUAAACUCUCCCCCACGUCCCCUGUUUACCGCGGCUCCUCCUCGGGGCCCUCCUCUCCCGCCAGAGUCAGCACAACGCCCAGAUGACGCCGCACCACGCAGCCUGCGGGAGCCCUGGCUCCCGUCCACGUCCACCCGGUGGUUCCACCCGGAGGCAGUCAGGACCGGGGGCCGGCCCGCGGCCGGCCCUGCGCGCAUGCCCAGUAGCUGCCUAGCUGCAUCCUAAGCAAAGUCCUCUUCUGAUCCUCACAUAAGACUGUCCCGGUGUUGCACUUAGGAAAGUGUAAACGGUAGUGUCUGAUGUGCAAACGUUUGACCGUAGGUAGAGCCAAAAGAAAGAAAGAAACUCCAACUGUUCUUGAGCAAUGAACUUUCACUGCAGAAUUUCAGGUUAGUUACAAGUAGCUCAGUUUUGAAUAUACAUUGAAUAAUCAUUGUGUACUGCACCGAUAUGUGUGUAUAUUUAGAUACACGUAUAUACACAUGCAGUGGUUCUGAAUUGCAUUUUUUAUAACAUGAAGUGCUGACAUAUUUUGGUGAAGGUCAGCAGUUUUCUAACUUGUGCCUAAGAAUUAUUGGGAUAUGAAAAUGCAUUUCUAUCUAGCUUCCCAGGAAUAUUUCUACCCAAAAUAGAAAAAGGAAAAAAAAAAAAGAUACAGAGAAGAAGCGCCUUUCAACCUACCACCAAGUGGUACUCUAACACAAACACCAGCGAUUUGUGAACGGUAACUGCCUUUGGAACAGUCAGCUUCUUAGUCAACAUGAUGUGAGGUCACUAUUAUUCCAUUCGCAAGUUUUAAUUAUUAAUACUCCUGUCGUGAGUGCCUAAGGGAUAGCAGUGGGCAACCCUGAGGGGUUUAGCAGUUUUGCAGAUGAUACUCAUGACAGUGAAUCAUCUACAGUCUUGUAAACACAAGUUUUGCUUUUUUUCCUAAGUGGCAUCUUGGAAUCCGUCAUUAAGCUACUGCACCCUCGGGAAAAUACGGAGGAGCAUGACCUUCUGGAGUGAGGGUGAGGAUGACCUUGGAGUUGGCCAAGACCAUCCGCGCUCCGUCCUCCAGAAGGCAAAUUGCUGAUAGGAUCUGUAUUUUGACGGAGCAGAGUAGGAAAAUGUCCUCUGGCAGCCCCAUGUGGUGUGCUCUGAUGCAAUUCUCUAAAUGGUCAACCCACCAAAAGAUGACCCGCAGGCCCCCAUUUCAUAGGCAACCAACCUCCCAGCAGUUUGGUUCUAUAACUCAGCCCCAUCACUGCACACUGAGAUGGCUCAGGGGUUCUAGCAGGGGCUUCCAGAAUGCCGACUCUUCCAUCCUGGGGGAUCCGUUCCAAGCUGUGCUCAACCAUCACAUGGCCUCCCACAAAAGCCAGGCGUAUUUUCUGCCCGAUGACCAAGCUGUCCCACAGCCACCAGCGGUCCCUUCUUAGGCCCAGGAGGUUCUUCCCGAUGGAAGAGCCCUACGGAACGGCCAGCCAGCGGUCCCUGGCUCCUGGACUGGCAUUUGUCUCGGCAACGGUAGACGUAGAAUGUGAACGAACGCUCCCCCCGUAGUGCUGUGGAACGGUAGGAGCAUGACACACAAACAAAGACGUAGUUUUAACAGUUGAUACGGUGACAUUAAUGAUGCCUUUGUUUCCUGUUUGUGACAAAGGCCCUGCACUUUCUGCCGACGGCCCCUCAGAAUGGUCCUGAGCACAGGGCUGCCUCCGAGCCGGCCCGAGGCAAGCAGACUCAUGCAGGGAUGCUCCGUGCGCCAGAGCCACGGAGCCAGGAGGAAAUGGCCCGCAGAAGGGGCCACCUUGCCCGGGGCCCUGCCUGCUCGCCACACGUGCAGCCGGCCCGAAGACAGGCCUGGUCUGUGCUCCUUGUGGGAGUCAAGGUUGGGCUUGUCGGCCUCAGGGACAUCUCACUUCUAGCAAACCUCCAAGGGUCUUUGCCCAUCCUCGGGACAUACACAGUAGAUCCCCAUUGAAGAAACAUGUCUUUUUUCCUUUAGCGGCUCUGCAUGAUGUUGUGAUAUUGAGUUGGGCAUUCCAUUAGAGUAGAUCAUGCCACGUUGACUAAAUACACAAUUAUUUAUUCUAUUAGCAGGCACCACCUGCAAAAACGGUCGUUCGGCGGUAGCUCGGCUCCGCCCGUUAGGAACCGCUUCCAUAAGGACACCUGCUAAAUGCGUUACACAGCAAUACAGAUGUCAGUGUUACGUUAGAAUGUGCUACAGUGUGUUAGCCUAUUGCAGUCAAAGUCGUAGUGAUGUUAGAACUAAGUAACCCCUCGCUAGGUGGACUAAAGCUUUGCCCUCACCAGCCCUGCCCUUGGGUACUUGAGCUAAUUCCCACAUUGCCCUGGCUUCGUUCCUUCGUCAUGGACACCCACCACGUGUUGCUCCUAUCCUGAAACGUGGGGGAUGGCAGCCGCUGUGCCCCCUCCUCACCCCCCCCCCAUUAGGACCUGGACCUCUCUGGACGUGGAUGUCUCCCGGUCAUCCACCUCCCGGGCUGGAGUGGUUCCCACAUACCAAUGCUACAGCCUCCCCACCUGCCUUGGACCCGCCAAACCUCACCAGCCUCUUCCUGGUGUUUGGGAGACAUGUCUGAGCCCCGCACGCACCCCGGCCCACCACACGCUGGAUGAGGUUCUGGGUGGGGGGGAGUGGGGUGUCCGGGGACGGGAGGGGGCUGCUGGGCUGUUGGCACACUUGGUGAUUAUUUGAAUGGGGUCACACAUUAUUUAUCUGGCCCCUACAGUUUCUGUGUUGCAUAUUUGUGUUUGAAGCAUAUUAAAAUGAACUUGAGGGACCUUCUGUGAUAUGCACUUGAUGUACCUGUCAGCCUGGCCCUCUCAGGCUUCAGGAAACGGAGGCUGGGGAUCCAAGGCAGGGAGCAGGGAGGUGGGCUAGAGUCAGUUGGAAAAGGACACAAAAGACUGAGUACGGUCCCCUCACCACUGAUUUUAAAUUCAGACCUGAACAGGUGUAUGUUUCCACCCCAAAGAGAGCUUGGUGUGUCCUAAAUCCCAUCAGUUUUAUCUGGAUCAUCACAGACCUUUCUCUCGAGUGACAAUGGCCACCAUCAUGCAGUUCCUUAUCACGAGCCUUUUCCCCCAACCAGGGGGCUGGGGGACAGGGUGGGGGAACACAGGACCCUGGAGAGCUCUGUAGCUCUCCCUAUAACACCCCCAAGUGCAGCCGGGACACCCGUUUCUACCUGAAAGCACUUGCCCCCACCCCUCACCUGCCUCAGGUUGGCCAGGCCGACCCUGCAGUGUCCACAUGGGCCUGCCCCUUCCUGGGGUCACAGGGAGCCCCCCGGGUCGGCCAGCUCCCCGUGGUGGUUUUGCAGGGCAUGUGGGAGUGGCAGCUACCUGAGAGACCCCAGCAAGCCUGCCCUCCGGGACAGCUGCCGAGCAAGAGACCUCUUGCAGGGGAUAAAUCAGGAGUCACUUCAGGACGUGAGAGGAACACCACAGUCCCCCUCUGAAUCACCCACACCU